AUGGCGGCGGCGAAGAAGAAGAAGAAGAUGAAGAAGAUGAAGCAAAAAUGGGCGGCGAUGGAGGAGGAAAUGAUGAUGUCCUCCUCUCCAUCGAAGGCGGCGGCGUCGAUGGAGAGGAAGAAGAGAGACGAGGAACUGUUCGUGGUAGAUACUGCGACAAUCACGCACAAAACGUCUGCUAAUGCUUCCGCGGGAGGGGGUGCUUUGUUUUUAACGAAAAAACAACGAGCUCGGAUGAAAACGUUACGGGUGGAUUCGAUAUUGAGAAGGGAAAAAGUGGAAAAGUCGUAUCCGAAACCGACGAAACAUCGAACGGUUGACGGAAACGUGGCGGUCAUGAAGAAGAAGGAAAAAGAGGAGGAAGAGGGAAAGAAAACCGAAAGAACACUCGAACGCGCAGACGAACAAAACGGUCUGAGCUUGUGGGAAAAGCACUUCCCGAGGGCCACGGGAAUCGCCCGACAGGCGAUGAAAAUUUUGCGACCGACGGUGGAUCGAAAGCACGCGAAACCGGUACAAGUGGACGAGGCCGGAUGUUCGUACAAUCCACCAGAAGAUUUGCGAAACGAAGUCAUCAUGAAAGCGGCGGCGAAGGAAAUCGCAAAGGACUAUAAAGAGCAAUUGAAUCCGGUGCGACCGCCGUUGUUAGGGCAGAAAGCGGACGCGAUGCGGAUAAAAGAGUUGUAUUACGAAACUGGGUUUGGGGAUGAGGACGACGAGGACGAGGACGAGGACGACGAAGGAAAAGUAAACGCGAAGAAGAACAAAAGUGCAGCGAAUACCUCGGAAAAGCUCAACAAAGCCGCGCGAAAUAAACGCGCCCGACAUCAACAGUUACAAAAAGAAAUCGAAGAGAGAAAGCAAUUGAAGAAACAACGACGGGAUUUAAGCGAAUUGAAAUCAAUAACGAAAGAUAUCGCGGAAAAAGAAAAACGCGACGAAAUGAAACGGCACAGGCUUCACUUAACGCGAAAAGAGCGCGAGGAAACGCAACCUCGGCGGUUAGGAAAGCACAAAUACGAGGAAGAUUUACCGGAGGUGUUGUUUACAGAACAAGUCAAUGGAAAUUUACGAACGCUGCACGGUGCGCACACGUUAUUAAAAGAUCGUUUGAAGUCCUAUCAGAGAAGAGAAUUGAUCGAGCCAAGGAAAAGACAGAUUAAGAAGAAAUCAAAGAUGUUGAUGAAGUACGAACCAGGCGCGAGAGGCGCGAGAGAGAGCGAGAAUCAAAAAGAAAUCGAUGCUCUGAACGCGCAGAUCAAGGAGAAAAAAAAAAUGUCUUCUUCCGUUUAG